AUGUCUCCGCCUGUGCUGUUCCUGCCACCCAUGCUACCAGCCAAGCUGGCCAAUGUGCCCUUGGUGCCCCUGCAGCAGUUGGGCCCUUCCACAAGAUCCUUUGCUCCCGUUGCGAUGAAGGACAAUGUGCGGGUGCAUGCCUUCGCCACAGUGCAGGGCGCGACGAACACCGUCGUGCCCAGGCUGAUGGCUGCCAAUGUGCAGGUGCCAAACUUCGGCGUGCCGCUGCACAAGGAAUCACACUUGUUCAAUGCCAUGACUCCUCCAUCCUUUCGUGUCAUGGCCCCUUCGCUGCCUGCUAAGCUGGUCAAUGUGCCCUUGCAGCAGCUGGGCCCCUCCACAAGGUCCUUCGCUCCCAUUGCAUUGAAGGCGACACCGCAGGGCACGACGAAGACCGUCGUGCACGCGCCCAGGCCGAUGGCUGCCACCGCGCUGGUGGGGCCGGACUUCGCCGUGCCGUUGGAUAAGGGUGUGGAGAAGCUCACGCCUGCGGAGGUCUUUGAGCUCAUGGCUGCCAAGAAGUGCGUGCUCCUCGAUGUUCGCGACGCUGAUCGCGCAGCCGGCCGCAUUGAGGGUGCCAUCCAUGAGCCGACAAGCUUCAAGGACCCCCUGCUGAAUCGGGUCCCCGAGCUGGUGAGGAAGUAUCAGGCGGCCGAGCUCGUGGUCUUCCAUUGUCUUUAUUCCUUGCACCGUGGGCCUCAGUGCGCAAAUUGGUACCGCCAGCAGGCGGACCUCAAGCAGCGAGUGGCCGUGCUGGAUGGUGGAUUCCGCGGAUGGGAGAAGUGCCACUUGCCAGUCAUUCGUGAGGGACACGUAGAUCUGCAGAAGCAGGCUGGGUACAACAUGUACGGGCUCUCGGUGGGCAGGCGCAUGGCAGGUGCUGGAGCUUGA